CCAAUUAAACUCGAGAGUCCCUCCUCCAGAUUCCAGGAUACUCCCACUUUAAACUCCAAGUUCAACUUCGGAUUUACACACUGAACUCUGGAAUAUUCCCAGACUGUGUCGGUCUCUUGGGAAUUGUGACCGGACUUUCUCGCUGAUCUCUGCAGCAUUUGUCCAUCAUCAUCAUCAUCAUGCCCAAAGAAGCUCGUCCGUCCUGGGACAGUCCGAUGCAGUUUGUUCUGGCAUGUGUGUCUUAUGCAGUGGGACUUGGGAAUGUCUGGCGUUUUCCAUACCUCUGCCAAAUGCAUGGUGGAGGAGGAUUUAUGAUCCCGUACCUGCUGAUGUUGUUCCUGGAGGGAAUUCCUCUUUUCUGUAUGGAGCUCGCCAUCGGGCAGAAGAUGCGUCUGGGCAGCAUCGGGGCGUGGACCGCCAUCAGCCCGUAUCUGGGCGGAUUAGGUAUUGCCAGUGUCGUGACAUCAAUGUACUUGUGUCUUUACUACAACGUUAUCAAUGCCUGGAGUUUCUGGUACCUCUUCCAUUCCUUUCAGUCAGUGUUACCCUGGGCGGAGUGUCCCGUCAACAGCAAUCGGAGCGGGUAUCUGGAAGAAUGUGUGGUGGCUUCACCGACACAGUAUUUCUUCUACCGUGAGACCCUGAACAUCUCGUCUUCUAUUGAUGAGAACGGCAGCGUUCAUUUGGGUCAGGCACUUUGCCUUGUGCUCGCCUGGGUCAUCGUGUACCUGUCCAUCGUCAGAGGGGUCAAGUCGACCGGAGUGGUCGUAUAUUUUACUGCAACAUUUCCGUAUGUGGUUCUGAUCAUUUAUCUGAUUCGUGGAGUCACUCUACAUGGUGCCUGGAAUGGAGUCAAGUACAUGUUUACACCCAAGCUGGAGCAGUUGGCAAACCCUCAGACGUGGAUCAACGCCGCCACACAGAUCUUCUUCUCUCUGGGUCUGGGCUUCGGCACUCUGAUCGCUUUUGCCAGUUACAACCAUUACAACAAUAACUUUGAGCGGCAGGCCGUCACCGUGUCCCUCAUCAACAGUGGCACAUCGGUGUUCGCCAGCAUUGUGACCUUUGCCAUCUACGGCUUUAAAGCCACGUUCAACUACGAAAGCUGUUUGGAAAGGAUGAAACUGUUGCUGCUCAACACAUUUGAUAUAUCCGAGGACGUCGUCAGUGUUGAUAAUAUCACGGCUUGGAUCUCUCAUCUGAAUUACACAAAUCCGGAGACGUUCGCAGCUAUCGCUUCAAAGAUAGAAGACUGCAGCCUGGAGGCAGAAUUAGACACGGCUGUUGAGGGCACCGGACUGGCGUUUAUCGUGUACAGUGAGGCCAUUAAGAACAUGCCUCUGUCUCAGUUGUGGUCUGUUCUGUACUUCAUCAUGUUACUGCUAUUAGGGAUGGGGAGCAUGCUGGGGAACAUCACGGCCAUCAUCACGCCGCUAGGCGACCUCAAGAUUCUGUCACGAAAGUUCAGCAACGAGACCAUCAACGGUCUGGUGUGUCUGCUGUGUUUGCUUCUGGGUUUCGGCUUCACCACCGGCUCAGGAAACUACUGGUUCACCAUCUUUAAUGAAUACGGAGCCACAUUGUCUCUGCUCUUCAUUGUGUUCUUUGAAGUUUUCAGUGUGUGCUACAUCUAUGGACUGAAAAGGUUUGAGAAGGACAUUGAGGACAUGUUGGGCCAUCGGCCAAACUGGUACUGGAAAAUCAUGUGGGCCGCAGUUAGCCCAGUCCUUCUCAUCAGCCUCUUCAUCUUCUACAUUAUUAACUACAUCCAGGGUGGAACACCAACCUACCAGGCCUGGGACAAACAUCUGGGUAAAUCUGUGCUGAAGGAGUAUCCGGCGUACGGUCAGGCAUUCAUCGCUCUGCUGCUGCUGUCGUCUGUAAGUUGUGUCCCGCUAAUGGCUGUUUAUGCCUUCUGUAAGAGGAAACGGCGAGGAACGGUGAUCCGAGAACACGUCAGCAUGGUGUCUUCAACCAUUUGAGGACCGACUCUGGAAAAUAGACCGCUACUAAACCUUGUUUGGGACAACACUGUCCAUGCCGUCUCACAGACCACAAUAUUACUCAAGUGUAUGUCAGUAAGUCCACUUUAUAUAGUUUCUGUCACAGAGUCUGAUGAAGAAGAUGUAAAAAAUAGUAUCUAAUAUGCUGGGUGGGCCCAGGCCCUCCCUGGCCCACCAUUGGCUACGCCACUGGUCUGGAUCCCAGCUCCACACUUAUGCAUGCUACAGACGGUAUUCAGAAGUGUCGUAAGAUACUAGUACAGCAACUACAUAAUAAAUAAUGCACUAUAAAGACAUGUGAUGUUACGUAUUUGCAUACAAUGUUUUGUAUAUGUAGACGUUUAAAAUGAACAGUGAAUGUUGUCUUGUGAUAGUAACGGCUACAAUUGUUCUAGAAGCAUUUAAUGAUUGCUCGUUAGCCAAAAUCAUUCAAUGCACGGAAAACAUUCAGUAUGUGUACUUUUCUACAUGUGAAACAAUCUGUGGAUAAUAAAAAGUAUAUUCUGUAUGUUCUGAAUCAUGUACGCAACUGUGCCCAAUUAAACUUAUUUGGAUUCCCAGUAUCCCCUC